AUGAAGUCGUCGAGCCUCGCAGCAAUUUUCGCCACGUUUGCAAUAGGCAUGGCUAGCCCUGUUGCAGAAUUUGUCAAAUUUUUGAAACGAAAUCCUUGCGAUGGAAUCAACGCUACUCCAGUACUCUACCAUGAGUACUUGGGCGAUGUUUGUCCUCCUAUAAAUAUAAUAUCCUCGAACGGCGAUUGUUCGGGUCUUGACCCCAGUGGAAACGACUGUGCAUCGUUUUGCCAAGUUCGAACGAAUUUUGUAUACGAUACUGAAGUACCAUUUGACAACACCUAUUGUCAUGGCCCUUUUACUUGCGGAAUAACAGAGACCAAAUCAGUGACUCUCACAUACAGUACUAACAUCGGCAUCCAGGACUUGAAAGCACUGAGCGUCGGAGUCACAGGUGGCUUUAGCUAUGGCACAAUAACGGCGACAGCACGCACCUAUUCAAUUAACCUGCCACCCGGUUCCUGUGGAUAUUUCACCUUCGUACCUGUACGGAAAGAUACUUGCGGUACAAUGACAACUGCGCCAGUCGAAUGGAUGGAUAUGGGUGGAAUAGUCCCUGUACCAUAUUGUGGCGUCUCCACUGAUAUAGGGAAUUAUUGUGCAUCAGAAGCCCGCAAAAACAGCGACGGCACUGUUGACGGCGAAACAAUCUUUGUCAAGACAGACUGUAACACACGGGAGCCACUGCCUGCCGACGAACAAGAUCCUGUGUACCAAAACCCGGGGGUCCCAAUGGAUCGAGGUGUUCUUACUACUAUGAUCUUAUCUUGGCCUGAGCAAGGUCCAAAUCAGUCAGGCCCUGACAUGUCGUCAUCUGCCUGUGUGAAAUGCACGAAUGAUCUUGGGGCGAGUAGUUGUGCUGCAGCCGACAAUCAGUGUCUUAUCAAUCAAUGCACAAGCGACAGCAAUUGUCAGACUUGCGGGAUCAAUUGCACCACUGUCAGCUAA